AUGGCAGCGAUCGGUCGUCUGGCACGCGCGCUGAGCACCAAGGUGCGUGUGCGCCAGCACGUGAACCCGCUCGCCCGGCGCUUCGAGGCGCCAAUCGAUCUGCCGGAUUGGCCAAGCCUCUUUCCGCCUGCGUCGUCGCAGGUGCACUUGGACAUUGGCUGCGCGCGUGGCGGGUAUCUCUUUGCGCUCGCCGCUGAGCACCCGACGCAGUGCUUUCUGGGCGUCGAGAUCCGCGAGCCGCUCGUGCUUGAGGCCGUCAGUCGCGUCCACGAAGAGAAGAUUGGCAACGUUCACGUCCUCCACGCCAACAUGAACCUGCACAUUGACGCGAUCUUGUCCUCCUUGCGCCCGACGCAUGCGAUCUCGAGCGUCUCGAUCUUCCACCCGGACCCGUGGAUGAAGAAGCGCCACCUCAAGCGCCGCCUCGUCAACCCCGCGUUCGUCCAAGCCCUCGCGACGCACUUGGCGCCGGCGACGCCCGUGUUUCUGCAGACCGACGUCCUCGACCUCUUCGAGUACAUGGUCGAAGUCUUUGCCGAGCACCCGCACCUCUUCACGCAAGAGCCUGGCCCGCACGAGACGAAUGCGAUGGGCAUCCCGACAGACCGCGAAACGUACGUCGUGGACCAUGGCGGCGACAUUUACCGGACCGCGUUCCGGGCAAACUAA